AAAAAAAAAAAAAAAACCUAAACGAACCCACUUCGGCUAUUCCUAGCCCAUUCGACUUCUCUCUCUCGUGUGUGUCUUCCUCCUACACACUUCCACAACCCCCAAAACACGACCAUGGCCUCCACCACUGCCGCCGCAGCUACCAAUCUCUCAUCUCUCUCACCACCCCUAGACAAACCGAAUUCUCUCUCGAAAACCUCAUCGUCCAAACCCAUCUCUCUUUUCCCCAAAACCCUCCCAAAAUCCUCCUCCGUCUUGUACACCCAUAAGUCCCGCUUCACGGCCUCCUCCAAAAACCCCAUCUCCGAUAUUAUCUCCAUGUACAAAACAAACCCAGAUGACAAUUCUGUGAUCUUUGAAGAUGACGAUAAGCCCAGAGAAGAGUGUGGCGUUGUGGGCAUCUAUGGUGACCCUGAAGCCUCUCGUCUCUGCUAUCUUGCCCUUCAUGCGCUUCAACACCGUGGCCAAGAAGGUGCCGGCAUCGUGGCCGUCCACGACAACGUUCUUCAAUCGAUUACUGGUGUUGGGUUAGUCUCUGAUGUCUUCACUGAGUCAAAACUCACUAAACUUUCCGGUAGUAUGGCCAUUGGGCAUGUGCGCUACUCAACUGCUGGCUCUUCCAUGCUCAAGAAUGUGCAGCCCUUCGUCGCCGGGUAUCGAUUUGGGUCAGUUGGGGUCGCCCACAAUGGUAAUUUGGUGAAUUAUCAAACACUUCGUGCUAAGCUUGAAGAUAGUGGGUCAAUUUUCAAUACUACCUCUGAUACAGAGGUGGUUCUCCACCUGAUCGCGAUAUCGAAAGCGAGACCAUUCCUCUUGAGGAUUGUUGAGGCUUGCGAGCAGCUUGAAGGAGCGUAUUCAAUGGUGUUCUUGACCGAAGAUAAGUUGGUUGCAGUGAGAGACCCAUUUGGGUUUAGGCCAUUGGUUAUGGGUAGAAGGAGCAAUGGGGCUGUUGUCUUUGCCUCUGAGACUUGUGCCUUGGACCUAAUUGAGGCUACAUAUGAGAGAGAAGUGUUGCCUGGUGAAGUUUUAGUGGUGGACAAAGAUGGGGUCCGAUCACAGUGUUUGAUGCCUCAUCCCGAGCCUAAAGCAUGUAUCUUUGAGCAUAUAUACUUUUCUUUGCCCAAUUCAGUGGUUUUUGGGAGAUCAGUGUAUGAAUCUAGGCAUGCUUUUGGGGAAAUCCUCGCCAUGGAGUCCCCGGUUGAUUGUGAUGUUGUGAUAGCUGUGCCGGAUUCUGGGGUUGUAGCUGCACUUGGUUAUGCUGCUAAAGCAGGUGUGCCCUUCCAGCAAGGGCUUAUAAGGUCACAUUAUGUUGGCAGGACCUUUAUUGAGCCAUCACAAAAGAUUAGGGACUUUGGAGUGAAGCUGAAGCUCUCUCCAGUGAGGGCGGUAUUGGAAGGGAAGAGGGUUGUGGUGGUGGAUGACUCCAUUGUUAGAGGAACAACAUCUUCGAAAAUUGUCAGGUUGAUCAAAGAGGCAGGGGCUAAGGAAGUCCAUAUGAGGAUUGCAAGCCCUCCAAUUAUUGGGUCUUGUUAUUAUGGAGUGGACACUCCCAGUGAUGAGGAGUUGAUAUCGAAUAAGAUGAGUGUGGAUGAGAUUAGGGAGUUUAUUGGAUCUGAUUCCCUUGCUUUUCUGCCAAUUGAUAGCUUGAAGAAGCUGUUGAGUGAUGAUUCUCCAAACUUUUGUUAUGCCUGCUUUACUGGGAAUUACCCGGUUCAGCCAAGUGGCAAAGUGAAAAGAGUUGGUGAUUUUUUGGAUGAUGGGUUGAUUGGAAGUAUACAGAAUAUUGAUGGAGGUUGGAUUCAGGGAACCAAAAAUCAGAAAGGGGAGGAGGGGAGAGUCCAACAACAGGAAGAGGAGGAUAGGGUUUCAGUGUAGUUGUGAUUUUUGUGCUGGAUUUAUUACUGGCAAUGCUUGCCAGUUUACAGCCCAGGGGAUUCAGAGUACAAGCAAGGGAUGAGUAAUGUAAUGAAUCACUCUAUUACCGUUAUAUUAUGGUCAUUUUUGAACUCUAUUCCCACUUUAUCGUGAUAUGUAACAUAUUUCGUCAUUUUUUUGAAUGAAUUGUGGAAUAAAGUAACUGUUUUGCAAUUUGAAAUCGUGUUUACAAAUUACGCAUUAAACAAACAAUCUUGAAAACAUGUUUGAAAACACAAGGGAGUUAAACCACUCUUUCAUUUAGUCAAUUUGGUUUGUAAAUUAGUUAAAAACCAUGAGUGGGAACGAUGUUCGAAAUUGGCCAUUGGAUUGUGUCAAAAAACACCAACUAGUGUAUGUACUCAAUAAGAUUCCGUUAGUUUUUCUUGACAGUAGAAUAUGAGUGUUAAAGCUUCUUUUACAAUUUUGGUAUUUUCUGACUUUAUGC